UCCACGUAGUACGCGUGUUCCGUUGUGCUAGCAUGAACCUCACAAACAUCCUUAGAAAUGUUGCUGAUGUGGCUCUAGUGUGAACUGUCUGAUAAAUAUUUCAGUAUGAAACCCUUUGCUCUUAGUUUUUUUUUUAUGUUUAGACUCGUCUUUGCAAACCAAGAAGAGCGGUUGCCGAAUAAAUGCGAAGUUUGCAAGUUACUGACUGUGGAGCUGCAGGACGCCUUAGAGAAAACUGGCCGCUCGAAAGAGGUUUUAGAGAUCGGAGAAGUUUUGGAUAGUGGCAAGAGAAGACGCAAAAUAAAAUACAACACUUCAGAGACUCGGCUCACAGAAGCAAUGGACAACAUCUGUGAAAGAAUUCUGCAGUAUAAAGUACACGCUGAGAGACCAGGGAGCCUUCGCUAUGCUAAGGGCACCAGUCAGACAAUGAGCACACUGAAGAACCUGGUGAAUAAGGGAGUGAAGGUUGAACUUGGGGUUCCUUAUGAACUGUGGGAUGAGCCAUCAGUGGAGGUAGCGGACAUGAAGAGGCAGUGUGAAACCAUGUUAGAAGAACAUGAAGAAGUUGUAGAGAACUGGUACUUCCAUCAUCAAGAUGAGAAACUUGACAAAUUCUUCUGUGAGGCCCAUGUUCUGAGAAACUCAGACCGAGAGUGCCUGAAGGAGGCAUGGAAAGGUGACAUGGGAAUAAAGGGAUCUAAGGAGGAAAGUGAGAAAGAGGGAAUAAGACUCACCCAUGACUCAGCAGAACUCUGAAUGCAGAGAUGCAAUGAUUAAUGAAUGGACAGAAAUGACAGGACAUUUGAGGUUUCUUGUGGAAGAACAGGAUUGUCAACAUAGUUUAUAAAACAUGCCAAUGGAAUGCAAUGCAAUGCUCUUGGCUUAAACCAAGAGACAAAAUCAAGCAGCUGUCAUAACUUUCCAUAUUUGUUUUUCUUGCCAGAUGGGAUUUGGACAGUGCUUUCUGUUUUACCUCUCUGUCCAGCUGUUUUACCCAUUUGUCCAUAUUUUGAAUCUCUUUUUUUACACGGCGUUACCAAGAAUUAAGACUCUGAAUGUACCUUUAUUUUUUUAGUGUCUCAGAGUAGGUAUAGAAAGUAACAUGCAAAAUAGACUUUAUAUUUGUACAAGUAUUUUUUAUUGAAUGGUACAGUCGUUUGACAUCAUGUUACUCAAGUUAAUCUUGUUGGCUGUUUUAAGAAGGGGACCAUUUUGUGUAUUUUUGGGAACUGUAGAAUGCUGGUGUAUGUCAUUGCUUCCCUAUGCAAUAUGAAGUUUUAAAAAAUAUUUUUUAAAUGUUACGUUGUUGUUACAGUAAUAAGGUCACAGUAUUGUUACAAUAAAAUUACUACAUACUAGUGUUGCUGUCAUCAACGAAAAUUAUGACUAAAUAUCGUCGUCAACGAACCUUUAUCACGUGACGGAGACGAGACGCAACGUAAAUGCUGGUCAUGAUGACUAUAAUUAAAUGUAAAAUGCAGUAUUGUUGACGAAUAAAAACGAGACUAAAUGUGGUUUACAAAAUAAAAACUAUUCUAAAAUGUCUCUUCAUUUUCGUUGACCGAGACGAGACGAAAUGUUAUAACGUUAUUUCGGCUGAUGCUUUAACCUAGAUGCGGAGAGGAAUCCUGUUAUUUAAAUGUCAUCUGGCUGUUCUGCGUGUCGGAGUGAAUUAUGUGCACAGUUUAACAUACAACACGUGUGAUCGAGGAUUUAUCUGCGUCUGCAGUGUAUGAGGAUAUUAACAAAUGAACUUCAUCUCCAGAGUUGCUCUGAGAGUUUAUUUUACGAGCGUUUACUGUUUGAGUGAAGCUAUCGGCAAACAAAAACUCAAGCGUCUUCUCAAAGACCCGUCAAAAUAAAAGUCCCGUUAAAUUGAAUACUCAGACAAAAAAUACUUUAGUGAACUUUGCUAUUUGCUAUUGAAAAUUGUAGUGCCCUUGUAGUAAAUUGAUAAACACUGUAUACUAUAGUAAAGUUAAAAAAACAAUAGUAUCUAAGAAUUUUACUGCAGUUUACUAUAGCAAAUACUAUAGUAUACUACAGUAAUUUAUGUGACAAAUAUACCACUAUUGUAUAGUAAAAACACACAAAUUAGAAAAAUUAAAACAAAGUUAGCAGAGAUGGGAAGUAACGAAGUACAAAUUCUUCGUUACUGUACUUAAGUAGAUUUUUCUGGUAUCAGUACUUUACUUCACUAUUUAUUUUUCUGACGACUUUUUACUUUCACUUCUUACAUUUUUACGCAAAUACCUGUAUUUUCUACUUCUUACAUUUUCAAACCAGGCUCGUUACUUUAGUUUUAAUCUGUAUUUGAUGCACAAUCAAUAUUAUUUCUUGUCAUUGCGUGACUUUUUCAACCUAAUGAUAGGUCUGCCUAAAAGCCGAAGCGCUGUGUGAGGUGGCCACUAGCCAAUCAAAUGUAAUAAGGCGGGAGUUACUGUUUACAGAGCAAAGCGGUGACCAAUCAAAUCAAAGAAGACGGAGUAACUGUUCUCAGAUCUCGAGCGUGAUAUUCUGCAUCAUGUGGUGACUCGUGAAUGGUAGGGAUUUUUAGCGCGAAAGGACCAGAUUUUAAAUAUGUUAUUUAGCUAUUCGCAUGUUCUACAAACAUAUACUUCACGAAAGAUGUACUGUAGUUCUUUCAGAAGUUAAGGCAGCUCGUUAAGGUAAGCGCAUUAUUGUUGUUCAUUAGUAUGUAUUAAUUGCAUAUUUUUUGCUACCGUGGUGUGUGCGUUAAGUUCAUGAACGAGUGAAAAAUACCUGCUCAUUGCGUUGCUUUUGAUGAACUAAUUAUAGUGGGCACUUUUGCACAAAAAUGCGCUAAUUUCCUGAUUGCCAUUUGAAGUGGUUUCUGGACAUAUCCUAUUAGUCUUAUUUUCUAAUUUUCUUAAUGCAUUUGCCUUGUUUGAUCUGUUUGAUCUAUUUUUCUGAUAUUUUAUUAUUUACUAUUAUUUAUUUUUUCAUCUUGUCAUGAUUAAAAUUAUAAGGAAAUAAAAAACGAUCCUUAUCAACGUUGAUUGACAUUGCAAUAAAAUACUAUCACAUUAUUUUGGAAGUUAAAAUUUUGGGCUGGUUUUUGUUGGAGUGAGUAGGCUUUAGUGAGCCUUUGGGCUGGAAAUCAUCCACCUAAUCUAGCAACACUGACAUCAGUUUUAAUGUUGAACGAGUGUAAUGUGUAACAAUGUAAGAGGCUAAACAUUUAAUAUUUUAAACCGAGGCAUAAUUUCAAGAAAUGUGUUAAACCAAUCGAGAAAAACAGUAAUGGUUACCAAGUAAAUUGACUUGCCUAAUUAAUUAUCUCUUUAUUUCUCAGUUUUCUCUUUUUGACAAGAUCUCCCAAGUGUCUACAACCUUUGUAUAAUGAUAUUUCCAUGAAUGGUCUGUGCUUAAAAUUUAAAGGGACAGUUAAUCUAAAAUUGAAAGCAGUGAAAUUCUGUUAUAAAAUGUUUUGACAAUCACAGUACCAAACAGUCAUUUCCUGACUAUUACGCAUCGCAGACAUAGGCUAGUAGUCUAAGAAGCUGCCACGGACCAAGGCGGAAGGCAACACAAAGAAUAGCUAAAAGUAAGGUUGAGAACUUGAGACAAAGGGAAUUCUGUCACAAUUAUUAUCAAUACGCUUGUCCUUUACACUCUUAUCUUACAUCAUAAUUGUAUUAUAAAUUUGUGUUUUUUUCCACUACCUAGGUAGUGGCAAAUAGAUUUAUUCCAUCAGUCUUUUUUAUGCUUGUGUUCUACAUAAUGGUAGUUCAGUUGUGAGGUAGGAGCGUGACUCUAAAACAGGUAGUAUUGGCUACUUUUUACUUAAGUACAUUUUAGAGCCCAUACUUUAUACUUUUACUUGAGUAAACAAGUUUAGUCAGUACUUUAACUUUUACUUGAGUACUUUUAAACAUGAGUAUCUGUACUUCUACUUAAGUAAAGGAUGUGUGUACUUUUGCCAUCUCUGAAAUUUAGGUAGUGUAAAAAUUAUAUGACCCUAAUUUAUCCAUCUGUAUGUAACAUGAAUGUCCUUUGUCAGUUACCUGCCUUUUCAUAAUGAACUGCACUUGCAUCUUUUUUUUUUAAUGAUGACAAACCGACAAUUUAUACUUGUGCUUCUACUGUUUGGCCUGUGCUACCAACCUUUAAAUCUCUCUAGCUCCAGUGCUAUGUGCAAAAAUAAUCUGCAUUAAUUUACUGCAUUCUGUAUGCUACUAUAGGGCACUGAGGGCAGUCACUCUUUUCCUGUUGUUUCUUUGCAAUGCUGGCAAAUGUAACCUUCCAGUUGACUUGAAAUCACUUCCAUUUGUUUUAUUAAUAAAAGAUAUUGGAAGUAAAAUCGGUCUGGGUAAUUACAAAUACUUUGAUUUUAAUAGUCACACAGCAAGAAAAAGAAAAUUUGUAUGGGAAAAAGAUGCAUCGAGAAUCGUUUUAUCAUUGCAUCGCAGCCCUCUGAAUCGUAAUCGAAUCGUGACGUGCCUAGAGAUUCCCAGCCCUAUCGAUGGCCGUAAAUUCAAAUCAGAGUGUCUUCCGUGUCUGGAAUGGACGUAUUGUUGAGUCUAUAAGGUAACAAUAAUAUAAUAAGACAACCUUGUUUGAAAUGGGUUUGGCUAAAAGAAAAUUUUGGUUUCGUCUAUACUACUAGGCAUAGGCGCCGAUUUCUUUUUUCGCCAGUGGGUGCUCACGUCGCCGAAACCAAACCCCACCCCCACAGGCCCCAA